GUUUCUUUCAUUUCCGGUUUUGGAAGGGUUAGGGUUUUGUUUGAAGAAUUGGUCUCAGAUUGUGACAAAGAUGUUGUGCUUGUUGUUCUUGCCUGAGUCCAGUGGUGAAAAUGGAGAAGUUGGGUUUAAGCAGUACAGAAAAGCAAAGCAGAAGAAAGAAAGAAGCAAUUUGGAAACUUAGUUCAGGUUCUUUCUCAGAAUGGAAGAGUUUCAAGAGAGUCUUUCACCUUCAACCUCUUUGUCCUUGUCCUCUACUUCCUCUUCACCUAUCCUGCACCCAUCAUCACCUUCCUCUUUAUCUUUCUCCUCCUGUUCUAUUUCUUCAUCUCAAUCACAUCCAUUGUCAAUUGAUGCUGAACUCUGGCUGAUGGCUGAGCAGAGAAUCCAGGAGAUACUAUGUAUCAUUCAACCUGCUUUGGUUUCAGAGGAAAGGCGGAAAAGUAUUGUUGGUUACUUUCAGAGGCUAAUCAAAGGUUACUAUGGCAUUGAGGUGUUGCCAUUUGGCUCAGUGCCAUUAAAAACCUUCCUUCCUGAUGGAGAUAUUGAUUUGACCGCUCUUAGUCAUCGGAAGGCGGAGCAAAAAGAGUUGGCAAGAGAUAUCUGCAGUAUCUUACAAAAUGACCGGCAGGACUCUGAGUUCCUAGUACAGGAUGUCCAAUAUAUUUCUGCACAGGUUAAGAUAGUGAAAUGCACUGUGAAUAAUAUACCAGUGGACAUCUCUUUCAAUCAAACAGCGGGCCUGUCUGCACUAUGCUUUCUGGAGAAGGUUGACCAAUUUGUUGCGAAAGAUCAUCUUUUCAAAUGCAGUAUUAUCUUGAUCAAGGCCUGGUGCUAUUAUGAGAGCCGAAUUCUUGGUGCACAUCAUGGCUUGAUUUCUACAUAUGCAUUAGAAACAUUGAUCUUGUAUAUCAUCAAUAUCUUUCAUUCAUCAUUAUGUGGUCCACUUGCGGUGCUUUAUAAGUUUUUGGACUACUAUAGCACAUUUGAUUGGGAAAAUUACUGUGUCAGUAUAAAUGGUCCAGUUCCCUUGUCUUCUCCUUCAGCAGUUGUGGCUGAGUCUCCAGAAAAUGAUGGGGACGAACCUUUGCUUAGUCAGGACUUUUUGAGGCAUUGCAGAGAAAUGUUUUCUGUUCCAAUGCAAUCUCUUGAGAUUGGGGCCCAUGCUUUUCCCAUCAAGCAUCUCAACAUUGUGGAUCCUUUAAAUGAGAACAACAACCUAGGGCGAAGUGUAGGCAAAGGUAAUUUCUAUCGAAUAAGAUCUGCUCUUUCCUUUGGGGCCCAAAGGCUUAGGGAAAUCCUCAUGCUACCAGGUGAAAAUAUGGGUAGGGGACUCGAAAAUUUCUUUAUUAAUACUUUGGGUCGGAAUGGAAGAGGACAGAGGCCAGAUGUACAAAUUCCUGUACCUGCCUUUGGCACUGGCAGAUCUGAAGAGUCUGAUCUGAGUGGAGACUACGAUGGUUACUAUAAUGGUCUAAUAUACAGUCAGAGGUAUCAUAAUAAUGACUUGCCUGCUACUGCCCAGCCAAGUUCUGUAUCAUCAUCUUCUCAGACACAAAAGAAGAGCACAUGGGAAGCCCUACGCCAGUUUGUGAGGUGCAAGCGAAACAUUUUUUACUGGAAGGCCACAAAUGUGAUUAUUCCAAGUCUGUCAUUCUCUCAUCCUUGUGCUCCACAGUUACCAGCUGCUACAUUUGGUAUUGACAAGAUGGCAAAGUCAAGAGGAACAGGCACUUACAUCCCUGACAUGACCCAUCAGUCUUACAGAGAUAUGCAAUCAUGGACCAAUCAGUCUUACAGAGAUGUGAAAUCAUGGACCCAUCAGUCUUACAGAGAUAUGCAAUCAUGGACCCAUCAGUCUUACAGAGAUGCGCAAUCAUGGACCCAUCAGUCUCACAGAGAUACACAAUCAUGGGUAAGUACAAGAAAUCCCAAGUCUGCUACUCCUGGUCUGUUGCAGAACUCGCCAAAAGAAACCAAUGCCAAUGAAAAUUCCCUGGAUGAAAAUUCCCUGGAGACAGACCACAGUGGAAACGGUGGCUCUCUUGAUUUUGAUUUUACACCAGAAGAAUUCCCGCUUCUUCCAGGCACUGAAAGGACCAUGACAACCCAUCAAUCUAGUCAGCCUGCAGUGAAGUGUCCACAGGCUGAGAAUUGCUCUGGAUCCUUACCAGGUAUUAAAUUUGGUAAUUUUGAGUGCUCAACCCCAAUGGGAAUGCAUUCACCACUACCUGAGCAGACAGACUCCAGGGUACGCAUGCCUACAACUGAAAAGCAGAAGCAAAAAGAACUAUGCGAGUUUAAUGAAGGAAGGUUUCUUGUAAAACCUCUCCAAUUGGAAGAUAAUGAUGACUUCCCUCCUUUAUUAUCCAUGUGAACAAUUUCCAGAGAGGCUGCAAGUCGCCUGAAGGAACAAUCAUCAUUUCCAAGCUUACAUGCUAUACUGUGAGAUUGCCCUGUCUGCAGUACCAGAUAUCAUAGACACAGUUAGCUUUUCUUUUUCUCUAUCCUGCAUGCAAACUAUAGGGAUAUGGCAAUUGAUGAUAAGACUUUGAUUGAUCUUUCACAAUCUCUUAGGGUGAUUCUUAUCAAACAGUUAAAUAACGCUUUCCCUUUUUUCAUCUACAAUAUAAAGUUUGAUUAGCAGUU